AUGUCCUCCUCGCCGGAUCCUCCAGCAGCGCUGGUGGGCCAGUACGGUCUACCUGCGGGUCUUUCUGCCGAAGAAGCCGGGCUCUACGUGGACGGCUUAACCCAGACUUGCGCGGCCUUGCGCCGCCGCAUCGCCGAGCUCGAGUCCGAGAACCGCGCUCUCCACCAAAGGACGAGCAACCUCGACACCGCAGCGGGGGAGUCAAGCGGUGGGUAUGCCGGGGGCUUGUUCGGGGGCGCGGACUCGACGCUGUCGCCGAAAGACAUGAUGGUGCUCAUGUCGCCGCCCGGAGUAGCGGCGGAGAGAAUCGGCGGCGGCGGCGGUGUGUCUAGGAGCAAGGACGGUUGCUCCAAGAGCGGAGGACGGGUGUCGGCCAUCCCUAGCCGCGCCCGCUACUCGGUAGGGCCGUCGCGGUUCUCGCUGCCCCCGAACAUGUCCCCCGGGCCGCCGAACGCCGCCUGCGCAGACGGAACAAAUAACAAUCCGGAGAACGGUCCGGAGAUAUCGCCGCGGCACAGAUGGGAGGGGCUGACGCUGACGCAUCCCCUGACGGGAGACGAGAAAAACCUGACGUUCAUGGAGUUCGCGGUUGUUGGCGUUAGCCUCUCGACUCUGGCUGGAACCCAACCCCUCGAGCCGUGGGGACAAGCCCCGGAAGUCCUGUCGGGGUUUCCGGUGACGGAGGGGGAUGACGCUUCGGGGCGAGGGAAAGGGGACGGAAGUUUCGUGCAGGGGCUGGGGGAGUUCUGCUUCCCGUGCGGCGCUAAUAUUGCUCUCGUCAGGGGCAGAGGGGGAACAGGGACACGGGAGGCCGUUCCCGAAGACAGGAUGCACCUGCUGCAGUUCACGGACUGCGACAACGCCUCGACCUACGGCUGUUGCCUAACCGUCACCCACGUCUUGCAGGACCCCCCACCCCGUCUGGUCCUACGCCUCCAAGAGAGAGAAAUAAUGCACCAGGCGGCCAGGACACUGCAGAGGUUCUUCACGCUGUCGGCGGCGUGUCUCUCCACGGGCAAGGGUCACCAUUGGCGAGGCGAUAGCACCGGCUACGGCUGCCCGACGCCGGCGCGGACGCCCGGAGAAGAAGGAGGUUCUUUUUCUCGGUUCGGGUUCCAGACGCCGCCGCCCCGCGCCGCCACCGGUGCCGGUUCCGCCGCAUCCGAGCAAGGCAACAGUCCCGCCUCGUCCUUCUCCGGGAUGAUCAACCGCUUCUUCAGCAACCCAGGGGUGGUGGCGGAUGGUGGAAGCGGUGUUGCUGCCGCGGCGGGAGGCUUGAGUGUCGGCGCGGCGGCAGCGGAUGCUGAGACGGCGUUGAGCGGUGUUGCUGCUGUGGGCGCGGCGGUGGCGGAUGCCAGCGAUACGGGGCCGGGGGGUGAUGGCGAUAGUUCGCCACCGCGAUCGGUGAGGGAAGAAGGAACGUCCCCGCGAAAGAAGCGUUCGGUUGCGGCGGUAGCGGUAUCGCCGUCGAGGCCGUCGCCGCCGCCGUCGCCGCCGGCAGCAUUGUCACCGUCACGGCUGAUGCAGCGUGCGCCGUCCUCGCCUUGCCCCCGAACCUCCCCCUCCGGCGAGUACUGCCACCACCCCACGGGCAUGAGCGGGAGGUCGAGGAGCGCUGGCCAUGGCGGCGGCGGAGGGGGUAACGUGGCCGGCCGCGAGAGGAAGGACGGGACUGUCAAGAAGAACGUUCCAGGAAUGUUUUCCGAUGACGAGAGCGAGAGCGAUGCCGGGUACAGUAGCACCGACGGAGGAGACUCCUUGGCCGGCGGGAUCUUCGAAGCCGCCAGUUUUUCGGGGUCCCAGGCGGCAAACGGUACCCGCCGGGGUGGCCAGUCCGGUGGUGUGCGGGGGUACGCAAAAGGUAGUCGUCCGGAGAUGCCCGGAGCGGAGAGGUCCUCGGGAACGCCAAUGACACCAAGAAUGCCUCCGGGAGUGACCUUGAGAAACCGUACGGUAAACCCGCGUACCGUGGCGGCGGCGGCGGCGGUGAUUGGCGGGGCGACCAAGGGCAGAGAGGCCUCGACGGGUAGAGAGAGAUUGAGUUGGUCGGUGCAGGUGGAGAAGUGCUACGUCAUGGUCAGCUCCCACCGCAACCACCCCCUCAUGUUCAAGGUGCUAAACGCCAUCGCGGACGCGGAACGCUCCGCCCGCCCGGGUCCCCAUCCCCCCUCGUCGUCGUUGUCGCCUCCGGCGCACCACACGGCGGCGGGGGGCAGGCGGAGGGCAGUGAUUGCGUCCCUGUCGCCCCCUCGAGUCCGAUCCGGCGGUGUUGUCGGUGUGAACAGAAGUGGCGGGGGUAAGGAGAAGUCGCCCUCGGCAAGCAGGUUUCGGUCUGUCGCGGCAGCGGCAGCGGAGCAGGCAAAGGAGAGACACCGGCGCAUGGUUCGCGACAAGUUCUUGCAGCAGGUCCGGACAGACAAGAGCUGCAUCGAGGAGGGGAAGAAGGUCUCCUUGUACUGCCCGGCGUUCCUCCGAGCGCCCCUAGAGCUAACGCCGCCGUCCCUGGAGCUCUGGUCCACCGCGGUCCUCUUCGGCUGCGUGUCGGAGCGGGCCAUUCUUCGGGCUCUGGACGUGCUGCUGCUCGAGAAGACGCUCGUCGUCUGCGGGAGGGAUAUUGGCAUUGUGUCGAUGGCUGCCACGGCACUACUCUCGCUGCUAGACCCAUUCAAGUGGGAAGGCGUGUUCGUUCCCGUGGUGCCGGUGGCGCUAAUGGACGUGCUUGACAGUCCGGUGCCGGCGCUCGUCGGGGUUCAGGCGCCCUUGGACCCUCUCAGUUACGCCGCCGACGGUGUGGCGGUGCUCGAUCUGGAUGCUAACAACGCCUCGGGUGAGCUGUUCAUGGCCGGGGCGCACGAGGACUCGACAGUGCCAGAACACCUCGUGACGUCACUCGAACACGCCAACACCCUCAGGGGCAGGCGCCGCUCCUCGGGGGCCCCGGCAGGACGACGCUCACCCGCCAGGAAGCUCGACGCCACCGCUGGAGGCAAGAGUCCAAGGCACAAGAAGAGUUCAACCCACGACCGGGUUGCGACCAGUACCGGCGGUAGUGGGAGCGGCACCAGAGACGUUUCUCCACGAGGGAUGAGGGGAGGAGCGCCGUUGUCAGGUUUAAGAUCAUCGUCGUCUUCGUCGUUGUUGUCUUCGUCUCCCGGACCCAGGUCGCACUUGGUGUUCCAAGCGACCACCUUCAUGGCAGGCCUCACCCUGGAGGAGAAGGGGGUCGUCCUUCGCCUGCGAUCGUUGGUGAAGACUCAUGUCUCUCGGCUGUGUGGCGACCUCGUGGCUCGUGACAUGUGGAGAAAGUACGGUGCCUUCAACUCGGUUACGAACAACUUCGACUUCCACCCUGACUGGUUCACGGAGCCCCUGGAGGCCCAGCUGAGGUUCCAGGUGUCGGUUUCGCGCACCCAGAUGUUCGUCUCCUUCGUCGAGCGCUGCAGGCAGAAAGACAUCUCGGAGGUCGGGGACGAGGUCGAAGAACACGAACAAGUAACGCCGGAAAAUCGGGCACCGUACGCCGAACCCAGCACAGGCGAGAGGAGGGGGAGUCGGGGGUCCAUCCCCACCCACUAGGGCUUUCCAGGCGCCCUAUGAAAGGGCUGCCUUGGUCGUUUCAGAGGUGGUGUGCGGGAAACGGGGGGAUGCAUUAGGUGCCCCCCCCCCCCCCCCCCCCCCUGCGGCAGGGGGAGGGGCGAGGAAUGAAAGUUUUGGGGGGGGUUUACUAAAUUGGGGAAAGUUUUGGAAACACAGGCAUAUGGGUUAGGGCUUUGGCCGAUGUUGUGUGUGUGUGUGUUCGUGCCAUUUUUUCUGG